UCCUGUUUCAGGUCUAGCGAGCUAACGGGGUGGCACAUAUGGCCAUCGGCUUGGUUGAGUUUUUUUUUUUUUUGUAGUUUCCUUUGUUUACCUCAGUUCCUCCAGUAUGCGGUUAAAACGCACUCGCUGACUAAGCUCGUUCACAUCUUCUCGUCUCGCGCCUCUCACCUUGAUGAGAAGUCAGAAGAAUGAUCUCAUCCCUGUCUAAAGGAAAUCUGCUUGACGUGCUGCAGGAGGGUCCUAAUGAGCAGCAACUGGCUGCCUAUGUGUCUUGGGUUAAUGCACAGCUGAGAAAGAAGCCUGAACUGAAACCUGUGAGUGAUCUACGACAGGAUCUCAGAGAUGGUGUGAUUCUAGCACACCUCAUUGAAAUAGUGGCUGGUGAGCUGCUGGAUGGCAUUCAUUAUGUGCCACAGGACGACCAGGAGAAGAAGCAGAAUGUGGAAAAGGUUCUGCAGUUUGUGUCAUCCAAACAGAUCAGAAUGCCUCAAACGUCUGCCAGGGACAUUGUGGAAGGAAACCUCAAAUCCGCCAUGAGGCUCAUCCUCGCUCUAGCUGCACAUUUUAAACCCUCCGUAUCAGCCAGUCACAAAGCUGGAGCUGGCGUAGGCAGGAGUUCCACUGGCUCCUCGGCCAAUCACAGACCUCAUUCCACCAUGGCCAUGGCCCAGAUUGCAGCAGCAGCACUAGCAGCAGCCAGGCAGGAUGCCUCUCGCCCUGGCCGCUCUGUUUUUCAUCUAAGGCAAGAAUGGAGUCGUUGCUGCAGUGCGGAGGAGGACAGUGAGAAUUCCUGCAGGAGUGUCCGAGCAUUGGUUCAGCAGUAUGAGGGGCAGAAAGGGACAUUUGAAGAGGAGACGGGUGCAAGAUCUACUGGCCUCAGUUCACCAAGCCCCACCCACACUCCCAAAGACUCUAUCAGCCUAUCAGACGUGAAGGCAGGACUGUUAGACACCUUGUCCAGGGAGAAAACUCUUAAGUCAGAAGACACCGUGAAAUUGGCCCUGGUUGAUCAGGCCAUUGUCUCAGGGCAUGAUGGUCUAGCUGGUGGCUGCACCUGGGAGGACAAACUGUGUGAGCAGCAGGAGCAGCUGGAGAAGGAGAUGCAGGACGCAAGGAAAAUGGUGUCUAGCCUACAGGCCCUCCUUCUCCACGGUUCAUUUCCUGAGGAUGAGGAGUCGCCGCACAGUCUGGGUGAGGGAGUUGAAAAUGCGGAGCAGCAACUGGUUGUAAUACGAAGUCGCCUGGACCAGAGCAUGGAGGAGAGUCAAGAACUAAAGAGGGAGCUGCUGAGGUUCAAACAGGAGGCUCGCAACCUGCAGGGAGUGAAAGAUGCUCUUCAGCAGCGCAUGGCUGUGCAGGAGUCCUCAGUCCUGCAGCUCAAACAGGAACUCCUGCGCACCAGUAUGGCCAAAGAUGAGCUGGUGGGACAAAGUGCUGAGCUACAGAGGAAGCUAGAGGAGAGGAACAGACUUCUCAGCGAAUAUAAGAAAGAACUGGGCCAAAAGGAUCGACUUCUGCAACAGCAACAGCUGAAGGUGGACGAGGCCCUGCGCAAGCUGACAGACAGCGGCAGCCAGCAGGCUUGCCUGCAGAGGGAGCUGGAACACAAGGAGAGUAUUCUCAAAGAGUUAAUGAGCCAUGUGACAGAGGAGCUUCCUGGCUCGCAAAACAAUGGCUACUCACACCCACCCGUCACAACAUCAAAACAACACCGUGGGGCUGAGGAGCUGCAGUUAGUAAGAGAUGCUCUGCGUAGUCUGAGGAACAGCUUUGGAGGUCACGACCCUCAGCAUCACACUCUGGACACCCUUGAGCAAGGUGUGGCCAGCCUGAUGGAUCGCCUCUAUGACCUGGAAGCUCACCACAAGCAGGAGAAGAGGACCCGAGGCAAAUCUCCAGGACAUAAUGCAUCUCAUUCAGAUCGAGACUCCUGGACUCCUACUUCAAAAAUGGCUCAUUCUCAGAGCAGCCCUGCGUUAAACUCUUCAGCUUGCACCAAAGUCCUGUACUUCACUGACCGUUCCCUCACACCAUUCAUGAUCAACAUCCCCAAGAGGCUUGGGGAGGUCACCCUGCGAGAUUUCAAGUCUGCUGUAGAUCGGGAAGGCAAUUAUCGGUACCAUUUUAAAGCGCUGGAUCCAGAGUUCGGCACCGUGAAGGAAGAGGUGUUCCAGGAUGACGCAGUGGUGCCUGGCUGGGAAGGGAAGAUCGUAGCCUGGGUAGAAGAGGAUCAUGGUCAAAGAGGGACCUAACACAAGUCAGCAAGAAGCUGUCAAAGGAAAGAGAGACAUCUGUGCCAAAAUGGAAUAACAUUGAUUUGUAACUCAAGUGUACAGAGGGUGGAGCUUUGGUGCCCUAAAAAGCCCCACCCACCUUUACUCUAUCCUGCAUGAGCUGAAAGGACUUGGAGAAUAAUCACAAGGAUCACCAGAUGGAGAGAGUCCCAUCUUCUGUCUUUCCCAGACCAGUAUUUCUCAAACAUAACUAUGCAGAGGAUGGGAGAAGAGGAUUUCUGAUCUCUUUUAGAGAUCUUGCCAUAGAACAGACAGCCGUUCCAGCAAAGGUUUUAUGAGCAGGCAAACUCUUCACUGUGACGGAGGAGCCUUUUGUUUGUUAUUGAAAUGAGAUGCUGGAUUUUUCAGUUCUCCUGCUUUAAAGUAGGAUCUGUCAGAGUACUUUUUUGUUGAUUUCGAUUAACCAAAAUUGAAAUAAUUUUGCAGUGAAAAGAGACAAGAUAUGUAAUCUUGACUGUCAAGAGUAUUUGUAUAAAAAUAGUGUGUAAAUGUAGUUAUGAAUCUUAAGAAAGCAGUAUAGAGCAGAAAGGAGUUUGGAGUUUUUUAUCAUCGAGAAAGAGUUUCUCUAACACAUAUGUUAGACACAUUCUUUCUGUAAAGGACACAAGUGUUUUGCUUGUUUGAUAUAAGAUCAUACAAUGUCAUUCAAUAUGUAUCUUGAUCAGAUUUAAU